AUACGCACCAUGACCUACAAUAAAACUCUGAACUCUGUUCUUACUUCGAAUCAUUUGAUAGAUUGUAACAUUCUGGAUUCACAUUCAUAUCAGAUAUAUUUAUUGACAAGAUAAAUGGAGGAUAAAGACGAGAACGGACACGCUGUAAAAUACUACCGAUUGUCGGAAAUCGAGGAACGAAAUUCAUUCAAGAGUACAUGGAUUAUAAUCAACCAUAAAGUCUACGAUGUCACCACAUUUUUGGAGGAGCACCCAGGUGGAGAGGAGGUCUUGAGAGAGCAGGCCGGCGGCGAUGCCACAGAGAGCUUUGAAGAUGUCGGACACUCCUCAGAUGCCAGGGAGAUGGCUGCCAACAUGGUCAUUGGAGAACUGCAUCCAGAUGACCGACUGAAGAUUGACAAACCUUCAGAACCACUCAAGGAAACCUCUAGUUGGUGGACAAACUGGUUGAUCCCUUGUUUGGCUGCGGCUGUCGUCACGGUGAUGUACCAAAUGUACACGUCGGAGAAGUGACUGCGCCAUCCGUACGUCACCUUUGCAAAUCAAAUGUCAAUCAAUAUAACUGGUUUCAGAAUGACAGCUACAGAGCCUGCGUUUGUUUGAUCCCUGAGAAACCAUUGCUGCCUUUUGGGAUUUGUACAGCUCAUAUGCAGUACUAUAGUACACAGGGUUAAUUUAAUGUUUUCAUCCAAUCGCUCGGCAUCAUGUCAAUGAAGUCAUAUAAUUUUGUUAUUGUGUUAACCUUCAUUUUCCUCUCCUGAUUUACAUAUUGAUAUAUACAGUCGUGGAAAAAGUAAGUACACCUCCUGGAUUUUUAAAAUAUUUUUUUAAACAUAUAUGGACAAAUGGAUAUGUAAUCUUCACUUUAACACUAUUGACAGAUAAAGGUAACCUAGUUUAACCAAUGACACUGAAUGAUUACUUUGCAAUCAUUUAUUCAUAAAAAAUGUACAGAAAUGCAAUUCCACUGCUGAAAAAAUAAGUAGCUGGUGUUGCCCCCUUUUGGCUGAAAUAACUUAAUGUAGUUGUUUUUUGUAACUGUCUAUCAGUCUCUUACAUCGACUGGGAUUCAUUUUUGCACACUCGUCUUUACAGUACUGCUUCAACUGUGCCAUGUUCGAGGGCUUUAUUGCAUGCACAGCCUGCUUCAAGUCCCCCCACAGCAUUUCGACAGAAUUGAGAUCUGAGCCUUGACUCAACCAUUCCAUAAUCAGCCCCAAACCAUAAUGCUACCAAACCCAUGCUUUACAGUUGGUAAGAGGUUCUUCUUCCAACUUUGACUCAUCUUUCCAGAGCACAUUGUUCAAGUAGUUUUGGUCUUUACCCAAGUGUGGUCUGGCAAAUGUCAGUCGUGUCUUGAUUUUCUUUUUUGAGAGAAGAGGCUUCUUUCUUCCUGACCUCCCAUGUAGGCCAAGUUUGUGCACUCUCUGACAGUUGACUCCGGCACUUCGACAUUAAUUGUGGCAAGAGAGGCCUGUAGAUCCCUUGAUGUUACCUUUGGGAUCUUAGAGACUUCUAUGAGCAUCUUUCGGUCAGUUCUUGGGCUGAAUUGGUUAAGACCAAACCAGACCAAGUUUCUAAUCUUUUUGGAAGGCUGGACCCACCCAAGUUACACUCUAAAGAUUUUCUAAUAAUUUCCACCGGUUCUGGUAAAAAAUUUAGCAAUUUUAUGUGAUGGUAAAGGUAGGGGUGUACAAUCUUUUCUGCAUAAGGAAAUUAGAUUUUUGUUUAUUUUAAUUGCAUAACAUAUUCAAAGUGUUAAUUUUAUGUGAUUUGUUAGAUUGGGUUACCUUUAUCAAUGAAUGUAGUUGGAAUUUAGCUCAAAUAGCCAUUUACAUUACACAUACAGUACCAGUCAAAGGUUUGGACACCUACUCAUUCUUCAUUUUUACUAUUUUCUACAUUGUAGAAUAAUAGUGAAGACAUCAAAACUAUGGAAUCAUGUAGUAACCAAAAGUGUUAAACAAAUCAAAAUAUAUUUUAGAUUCUUCAAAGUAGCCACCCUUUGCCUUGAUGACAGCUUUGCACACUCUUGGCAUUCUCAACCAGCUUCACCUGGAAUACUUUUCUAACAGUCUUGAAGGAGUUCCCACAUGCUGAGCACUUGUUGGCUGCUUUUCCUUCACUUUGUGGUCCAACUCAUCCCAAACCACCUCCAUUGGGUUGAGGUCGAGGGAUUGUGGAGGCCAGGUCAUCUGAUGCAGCACUCCAUCACUCUCCUUCUUUGUCAUAUAACCCUUACACAGCCUGGAGUUGUGUUGGGUCAUUGUCAUGUUGAAAAACAAAUGAUAGUCCCACUAAGCGCAAACCAGAUGGGAUGGCGUAUCACUUGCAGAAUGCUGUGGUAGCCAUGCUGGUUAAGUGUACCUUGAAUUCUAAAUAAAUCACUGACAGUGUAACCAGCGAAGCACCAUCACACCUUCUCUAUGCUUCACGGUGGGAACCACAAAUGCAGAGAUCAUCGGUUCACCUACUGUGCAUCUCACAAAGACAUGGCGGUUGGAACCAAACAUGUCAAAUUUGGACUCAUCAGACCGAUGGACAGAUUUCCACCGAUCUAUUGGCCAUUACUCGUGUUUCUUGGCCAAAGCAAGUCUCUUCUUAUUGGUGUCCUUUAGUAGUGGUUUCUUUGCAGAAAUUUGACCUGAAGGCCUGAUUCACGCAGUCUCCUCUGAACAAUUGAUGUUGUGAUGUGUCUGUUACUUGAACUGAAGCAUUUAUUUGGGCUGUAACUCUAAUGAACUUAUGCUCUGCAGCAGAGGUAAAUCUGGGUCUUCCAUUCCAGGGGUGGUCCUCAUGAGAGCCAGUUUCAUCAUAGCGCUUGAUGGUUCUUGCGACUGCACUUGAAGAAACUUGAAAAGUUCUUGACAUUUUCCAGAUUGACUGACCUUCAUGUCUUAAAGUGAUGGUGGACUAUCAUUUCUCUUAUUUGAGCUGUUCUUGCCAUAAUAUCGACUUGGUCUUUUACCAAAUAAGCCUAACUUCUGUAUACCACCCCUACCCAUGUCACAACACCGAUUGGCUCAAAUUCAUUAAGGAAAUACAUUAAAAUAUUUUACUUUUAACAAGGCACACCUGUUAAUUUGAAUGCAUUCUAGGUGACUACCUCAUGAAGCUGGUUGAGAGAAUGCCAAGAUUGUGCAAAGCUGUCAAGGCAAAGGGUGGCUACUUUGAUGACUCUGAAAUAUAACAUAUAUUUUGAUUUGUUUAACACUUUUUUGGGGGUUACUACAUAAUUCCAUAUGUGUAAUUUCAUAGUUUUGAUGUCUUCACUAUUAUUCUACAAUGUAGAAAAUAGUAAAAAUAAAUAAAAACCCUGGCAUGAGUAGGUCUGUCCAAAACUUUUGACUGGUUAUGUAUGUAUUUUUUUAAGACUACUUUCCAGGGGUUAUACUUGCUUUUUCACAUGACUGUGUAUAUAUAAAUAAAAUACGUAUUUACAUAUGGAGAUUUUAGACAAAUGUAGAUUCAUGUAUUGAGAAUGUAAAAUUGAAAUCGACAGGUAACUGCCAAAAUAAAGGGAAAAAAGGUGUUUUAAUAUGGCAUUGGGCUACCAUGAGCCAGAACAGCUGGAGCUCUGAGGGAUGCGACACCACCCAUAAUUUGGUACUUUGUUAUUUGUGGUGGAAACGCUGUCUCGGGCGCCGCUCCGGAAUCUCCCAUAAGUGUUCAAUUGGGUUGAAAUCUUUAGCGGUAUUCUAUGAAGCAAGCUAGAUCUACUCAGUGUUUUCUAAAGCUUGCCGGCUUCAGUUAGCUUCACAUUCCAGCUCAGGCUUCAUCUACUAUGACGGUGGAUAUUGCUCCUCUGCUUACCUCUAACUCUAGCAGGCUUGUAACUGUGUAUGCCUGUCGUACAUGGCUAGUCAAACGCCAAACUCUUCAUUGAGACAAUGCUGAAACAUCAAUCCAUGGGCAAGUUAUAAUGAAAUAAUGCAAUCUUUGCAAGGAGGGUAUCUGAUUUCACUGGUCUCAACUCACAGCUCAGUCAUUUCAUUCAGUAAGUGGAGUUAGUAGUGAGUUAGCCUGUGCCGGAGCAGGUUAGUUCUGAAGGAUUCGUUGCCAUAGAAAUUUACCUGGCUAAAAGGUGAACCACUUUCGUAUGUCCAGUUAGCCCGAGUUGACUAAAGUUACCUAACUCCUCAUCUGCUUCGUAGGAUACCCCUCUGGUGACUGAGAUGGCCAUGGCAUAUGGUUUACAUCGUUUUCAUGCACAUCGAACCAUUGAGUGACCACUCGUGCCCUGUGGAUGGGGGCAUUGUCAUCCACUGGCCGGGCAAAGCAUUUUUAUACAUGGAAUUUGUAUGGCUUAAUUCACCCUUGAACCACAUCUGUGUGGAAGCACCUGCUUUCAAUAUACUUUGUAUCCCUUUGUAUUUACUUGAGUUUCCAUGAUUUUGGCAGUUACCUUUUUAUAUAUGUUUAUGUUGUCAUAUCACUAUUACUCUAACAUACUGUAACCCUGCUAUUGAAACAGAACAUGGAAGUUUAGGCUUAUAAAAGCAGCCUAUAAUAUCUUAUGUGCUUCACAUCUUACCUUUGCAUUUUAACAUAUGCAAAACUGCACCGAAUGGUCCCAAAACCCAGUAUGCAAAACUGUUAACCCACUGGUCCCACAUUUCUGGUGACAUGGGUCUCAAUGUUCCAUAGAGAAGGCCACAUUCUUGCACUGAUUUUAAGUGACUGCUGUGUCGAGACUCACACUUUGGGAGCCAUUUUUAAUCGGGAUUAAGUUGACCCCAUAUGACCAGUACAAUGUGUUUUUUCUUAUGGUAAAAUAUCAUGGUUGUCCCUGCUUUUAAACUGCCAGGGUGUUAGAAGGCAGGGGAACUCGCCACUGAAUGUUCUACAGCUGCUCAAAAGUAAUUUGACAUCUUCCAUUUUUGUUUUUUCAAUAAAAUAAUUCAAAAAAAUGUGUUUUAAAGUAGUUUAUUUGAUCAUAUAUCAACAAUUAAGCUUUGGUCCACAGAGAAACAGCUGGUAUUAAACCAUCAAAAGUAUGCUAAUUUGUAACAUUCCUCUAACUUUUAUUAUCAUACUUUGAUUGGGUAUUACUUUUGCAAAACCCACCUCUGUGCAUUCCCAUUAUAAUUUGUCUGUGGCUUUGUAGAAUAGUUAUAGAGCACCAUCUAGUGGAAAACUUGUAUUUGUCACACAUAUUUAGCAAUGUUAUUGCGGUAGCAAAAUGCUUGUGUUCCUAGUUCCAACAGUGCAGUAGUAUCUUGACAAUUCACAACACACACAUAUAAAAGUAAAAUAAUGGAAUUAUGAAAUCUAUAAAUAUUAGGAUGAGUAAUGUUGGUGUGGCAUUGACUAAAAUACAGUUGAAUAGUAUAUACAUAUGAGAUGAGUAAAGCAAUAUGUAAACAUUAGUAAAGGGACUAGUGUUCCAUUAUUAAAGUGGCCAUUAUUAAAAUGUGGUAUAGAGCCCACAUCUAGGACUUUGCAUGUCAUCAGGGAAGCUUUGGUUGUUUGUGUCAGUAGUUCUUACCUAUUUGUGGGGCUGCAGGUAGCCUAGUGAUUAGAGUGUUGCGCCAGUAACCAAACGGUUGGUGGAUCAAAUCCCCGAGCUGACGAGGUAAAACAUCUGUUAUGCCCCUGAACAAGGCAGUUAACCCGCUGUUCCCUUGUAGGCCAUCAUUGCGAAUAAGAAUUUGUUCUUAACUGCCUAGUUAAAUAAAAUAUUUUAAAUGA